CCCUUACCCUCAAGUAAACACGUCAAAUUCAACAGCAGCAAUCGGAAGAUUGAGAUCGCAUUCGCAUACACCACAUUGAAUAACAGCAUUCCCGUUUCGAGACGUUGAGUCGGGUUCCGCACGCCAAGCAGAACCGGGGAGGGACAACCUCCGCGGUCAGACAUCCGCAUCCUCAACACCGAAACUGCAUCGCAACCAUUAUUCUUCCCGCGCUGCCGCCCUUCACGUCCGCUGAUACAUAGGAAAGAAGGAAACAGACCAAGUCCAGGGCGAACAGAAACACGUCUCACUACCUAGUGACACAAGUGGCCCGGCAACAGAAGCUGAGGCACACCGCGUCUUCACCCUUCCCCACUACCACUCCUCCUCGCUCUCUCUGAACCCGAAAGCACACCCUGAGUCCCACCUACCUGCUCCAAGGCUCUUCCCACCAUGUCUUCACCUCCUGUCACACCUACCCACCGCCCGGCCUCCUCACAUCGCCGUCACCCCUCCAGUCUCGACAUGUCCCACAAUACACCUUCACGCCGGCAGUCGCUGAACCGGCGCUCUUCAGGGUACUCACCGCUGACGCCGCAACUGAGCCAGGAGUUCGAGCACAGUAGCCCGCACCACAACUUCGACGGCGGGGGCGAUGGGGGCUUGGGGAAUUUGGCCGACGAGCUGGGGGAUGUGUGGGACGAGGACGAGGAGGGUAUGGAAGGGGAGUACAUGGAUGACGGAGACGUGCCGCACGACGGUGACGAUGCGGAUGACGUUGGCGUGGCGGCGACUCGCGACGGCGGCGCAGAUUCGCGUCCUUCCAGUCCCGCGGCGAACGGCGCAAGAGAUAGUGGGGUCGCGAUGGAGGCGUCGCCGGAUACCAAGACGACGCUGAGUCCGUCCGCGGCCAAGCAGGCGGGGAGACGGCAUCAGAGGCAACGGUCGCUGUAUGAUGGGUCGGAUUAUGGGGGUGACUCUGAUCUUGAGGAGAAUGGGGGGAUAUCGGUGGGGUUGGAGAGACAGAUGGCUGCUGUGGAGGGGUUGGUAAGGAGGGGAUUGGAGGAGAAUGGGAGUGCGGCGGAUCAGGUCGUGCAGAGGGUGGUGGAGAGAUUGAAGGAUCUGGGGAGUCAGACGGGGAUUGAGAGUGGAGCGACGAGACUCAAAACCGCCCACGACGCCCUAGCCACCCAUCUCACUCACCAAUCCCGCACCCUCACCUCCCUAACCGCCUCCUUCACCGGCCCGCGAGCCAUCUACCCCUCCCCAGAUACCAUCGAGACCCUCCUCCCCCUCAUAACCAGCACCCUCGAGCUCCUCCCCCACUCCUCCCCGGACCCCAUCUACUCGCUCUCGCAACUCACCGCCUCCACCCGGGAACUGCUGCAGCACCUCUCCAACGUCUCCGACUCGCUGCACAUGAGCCGCCAAGCGCACAACGACGCAGCGCGCCGUCUUCGCGUCGCCAAGGAGCAGGUGGCGGACUGGAAGCGGGACGUCGAGCUGCGGGAGCAGGGGAUCCGGUUCCUGGAAAAGGGGGAUUGGGAUCGGAGGUUGAGGGAGAGGGAGGCGAGAGGCGAGUGUGGCGAGGUGGUGGAUGGGUUUGAGGAGGUGUGUGGGGUUUGGAGGAAGAGGCUUUGUGAGGGGUUGGGGGUGGCUGCGUAAGAAGUGAUCAUUGGGGUGUUGUGGAUUAGCAUGUUGGGGCUUGGGGAGGUUGUUGUGAGGGACUAGAAAUUGGGAUCGGGUUUCCGGUAUUGUUCGUUGGGAAGCAUUCGUGAGAGCCAACUGGGAAUGGCAAUACCCGUUCAUCGUCGGUCAUUGUUGGUUUAUGUAGACUGGAGUUGGGGCUUGGAUCGGUUUGGGGAUGGGGCGGUCAAGAGCCAUACACUGCGCUAAGACAACAGCAUAGCAUUUCUUCUGUAGAUUGGUAGAAUUACUCUGAUUAAAGACACGGU